AUGUCUGUGCACUUCCGUGAGUUGUUUCCAUCGAACAAGGUGAUAAAGUUCCGAACCGACUUUCGUAACACAAUCUACGAUUUGUUCCUGCAUAGAAAAUGGGAGCUCACCACGCACGAAACCGACUGGAACAUGUGCUGGUCGGAGAAGGACUGGAUAAACGAGGUGUACGACACGCUAUCCCUGAGGAACAAUCAAUACGUCAACCAUUUUAGGAACUACUACGAGCUAACCCGGAAGGACCUGCUGGCGAAAAACAUGAAGAGGCUGAAGAAGCAAAAUGAGAAGGUGAAAAAUGAGGAAGAGCUAAAACUGAUAGACAUAACCCCCGUAACGUUCGUCCUUCCACUUGAAUACAAAUUGUUCCUCGAGGAAUACAAGCGACGGGGCAACCGCACGUGGAUUAUGAAGCCGAUUGGGAAGUCCCAGGGCAAGGGGAUCUUCCUGUUCAACAAAAUAUCCCAGAUAAAGAGUUGGAGCGUCGGUAGGGGGAAAGACGUGGACCGAAACAAAGCAUUCGAAGUGGGAAGAUCACCCGAUCGGGGAAAAGACCCUCACAGAAGCAAAGUUGCCGAAGUGGAUAAGCCAACAGAAGCAGACAAAGAAGCAGACCGAGGAGACCGCCCAGAGCAGUACAUCGUGCAGGAGUAUAUCCCGAACCCGCUCCUCAUCGGUGGCAAGAAGUUUGAUAUCCGCCUCUACGUGCUGAUCGUGUCCUACUCCCCCCUGACCAUAUACCUCUACAGGAGUGGCUUCGCUAGAUUUUCACACACUUAUUUUAAAAACGAAAAAAACAACAUGACCGAUAUUACGAUGCACUUAACGAAUGUGUCUAUACAAAAAAAUGCAGAAGGGUAUGAUGACACCGUGGGAGGUAAAUGGUUCGUGAGAGAGUUAUUUCUCUACCUGAUUAGUCGAUAUGGAAGUGACCGAAUCGGCACGUUAAUCAGGGACAUAGAAAACUGCAUAAUUCAGUCGUUUCUAGCGGUUCACAAAAUUAUAAUAAAUGACAGACACUGCUUUGAGCUGUACGGAUUCGAUAUCCUCAUCGAUAGCAAUUUAAAGCCAUGGCUCAUCGAGGUGAACUCCUCUCCUUCUCUCUCGGCCAACACGAAGGAAGAUUACACACUUAAGUUUAACAUGCUGGAUGAGCUGAUGAGUUUAAUUAACUUAGAGGGGUACAACUUACCGGAGACGGACCGAGUUGGGGACUUCGACUGCAUCUACCGGAAGGGCAGUCGUGUUGUCCCGUCUCAGCCGUAUAACUUUUCUUCCCACUUGGGGGCACAGCUCUCCGGAACGGAGCAUCUAAAACAAAUGGCAAAGGAUAUCAAACGGGGCAUGGACAACGAAAAAAGUGCAACCACAUGA